UUAGAGAUCUUUGUAACUGAACUUAGAUGAGUUUUUAAUUUCUAAAAAAAUUAUUUUUUUUUCUGACGCUGUAUCAUUUGAAUAGUUAUAAAUUUAAUUCUGAAAGAUAAGAAAAUCUUAUUCAUUUCGAGAAAAUUGUGCUUUCUUCAGUGUGCUAAAUAUAUACAUUUUAUUUUCUUUGCCUUUUCCACACCAGAUGGGAAGCUGUUAAAAGAAGAUAGCUAAAAAUAGUUACAUGGACAUAAAGGAAUAACAAGUUUCUACGCAUCUGGUCAACUAAUAAUCCAGUUUGUUUUUUCCAGUGAAGUUUAUUAAAGCUGUGCCGAAGAUGUCGUUUCCCCCAGGUCCUCCAUUACCUAUACCUGGCAUUCCUCCUAUGCCUCCAAUGAUGCCACCGCCUUAUGCUGUUCCACCAAUGGGAGGUAUGAUCCCAAUGACUGUGGGUAUGAUGCCAGCACCAAUGAUGACUCCUGUUGCUAUGACUAUGCCAACUCCUAUUCCAUUGCCUCAGCAUCAUCAAUUAAAAAUGAAAAAACUUAAUACACAUACAACGAUUAAGAAACAAGAAAAUAAUAUUGACCUGCAUGAUUCUCCAAAAGGUCCCCCAGUUACCGUCUUUGUUGGUAACAUAACAGAUAGGGCCCCUGACAACCUCGUCCGUCAAAUAUUACAGAGAUGUGGUAUUGUAUUAAAUUGGAAACGCGUCCAAGGAGCAAAUGGGAAAUUACAAGCUUUUGGGUUCUGUGAAUAUGGUGAUCCAGAAUCUGCACUUAGGGCUAUGAGAAUUUUGCAUGAUUAUGAAUUAGGAGAUAGAAAACUUGUGGUAAAAGUUGAUGGGAAAACAAAAGAAAAACUAGAUGAGUACAAAGCCAGCAAAUUAUCUAAAGCACAUGAAGAAGAUGAAAAGGAUAAAAAUGACAAAGAUAGCGGCAAAGAAGAAGGAGAGACGAGUGAUGAUGCAUUAGAUGAACAAACUAAACAAAGAGAUAAUGCAAUCAUGACAAGUCUUCAACACUUAAUAAAUGCUCAUUCAGCUGAAUUAUCGAGACCACCGGAUGAGAAAGAUAAUUCUACUACAACAACUGUAACCAGUCAACCAGAAAAAACCAGUCAAAAUUCUGAAGUUAGCAGUCCAAAACCUAGAAUUGAUUAUGAAAGAUUGAAAAAGAAUGAACUUGAUGAAAUGGAUUUAGAAGAAGAUAAAAAGUCCUUAAUACAUCGUGAAAUUGAUAAAUUCCGUGAUACUUAUAAGAGAGCUGAAGAGGAGAGAGAUAAGGAUAAGGGUCACAGGCAGAGAAGACGGGACUAUGAAUCCCCUGAACCCCGGAUGCGAGAACGGGAAAGAGAGCGUGAAAGAGACAGAGAGAAGAGGGCAUCAAAAGAACGUUCUGGUGGACGGGAAGAGCGUAGUAGAAGACGCCGCAGUCGUGAAAGAAGGCACGAAUCUCCUCGAGAGUCGCCAAUAGUAUCCAGAACCCAUAGAGAGAGGUCUCGUGAAAGACAUAUAGAAAGAGCUGCAUCUAGAGACGUGAGUGAAUGGAUUCGAGAAAGAGAACAAGUAGAUGAGAAGCCAAAAGAAAAGGAAGUUAGAGAUGAAGACGAUGAUGAUUUAUAUGAGAAGAAAAAGCAUGAGCGAAAAGCUAAGGAAAAAGAGAGUAUAUAUCAGGAGCGUCUUAAAAAUUGGAUGGCAAGAGAAAGAAGAAAAGCUAAAGAAUAUGAAAAAGAAAGAAUAAAGGCAGAAGAACAAAAAAGAGAUGAACUUAAAGAAGCCAGACGGUUAAAAGAAUUCUUAGAAGAUUAUGAUGAUGAAAAAGAUGAUCCUAAAUAUUUCAAAGGAAAUGGUUUAGUUCGUCGAAUGAAGGAGCGAGAAAAAGAAAUUGAAGAGGACAUGCUUGAUAGACAGAGAGAAAAAGAAGAAUUAGAUGAACUUCGUAAGAAGCUUGUUGAAGAGGGACAUCCUGACCCAGAAGCGGAAGUUGAAAGAUUAUUGAUGGAAGAAAGCCGUCACUUGGAACCUCCCAAGCCGGAAUCUCCUGAAUCUGAGCCAGAACCGGAGAUACAACCUUCUCCUGUUAAAAUGAGAUCCAUACCGAAGACCAUAUCUUCUCCUAUAUCUAUUGAAGAGAAAUUUGAACGGUUAUCAUCUAAGCGACCUAUUCCAGAAGAAGAAAUAUCUCAAAAUAGUUUCUCAGGUUUCUCUGAUGUCAUCGCUCAACCUGAAGAAACCAAACUUAUGGGCUUCACAAGUUUGCGACUAGGAGGAAGUCCAACUCAGCAACACAAUUCCAGCCCUUCUGUUCCAGCCAAUAAUAAUCAUGGUAUGCAUAAAAGAAAAGUGACUGUUGACGAUGUGUUCAAUGUGAAUGAUGAAGAAACAGAAACAAAAAAGAAAAGAAAGCUCAUUCCUAUAGAUGAUAAUCAUGAAGAUUCUAAAAGUCCAAAUUCUAUCUUACAAAUGACAAUAGAAGAAAAAAGGAAACAUAUAAAAAAUUUAAUUGAAAAAAUUCCUACUGAAAAGAAUGAACUUUUUGCUUAUAAUUUAGAUUGGACAGUUGUUGAUAAGAUUCUUAUGGAAAAAAGAAUAAGACCUUGGAUAAACAAAAAAAUAGUCGAAUAUAUAGGAGAAGAAGAACCAACUUUAGUAGAAUUUAUAUGUUCAAAAAUAAUGGCUGGUAGUGCAGCACAAAGCAUUUUAGAUGAUGUAUCAAUGGUGUUAGAUGAAGAAGCAGAAGUUUUUGUAGUCAAAAUGUGGCGACUACUCAUCUAUGAAAUAGAAGCUAAAAAAUUGGGAUUAGUGUGUAAACCUGAUUCUGGUCUUCAGGAAAACGUUGCUCAAGGUAAAACAUGAAAAUAAACCAUUAGUAAGUGUCAAAUUUAUCUUGCUUCGGUACACUUUUACAGUGUUCAGUACUGAAGUCUUGUCCUGAGGAUUUGAUAGCAACUUGCAUUGUAAAUUAUAUCAUCUCAUUAAUACAAAGAAGAAAAGUGUUCUCUACAUUAACUAAAUAUUGUAAAAUGUGAAUAAAUAUCAAAAAUCACAUAGAUUUCUAUGAGUUUUGAUGUCUUCACUUUUAUUCUCUUUCUAGACAUUAAGUUUUAAAUGGACAGUGGACUUACCAGGUGAAUAUGCUUUAAAUUUCCAGCAAAUAUUUUGAUAUCGUUUUUUUUCUUUGCUUGAAAUAAGUUAACUGUUUUAUGUCUAAUUUAUUUCAAGUAUUUGUGUAUUUUUCUAUUAUUAUUAUUAUUACUUGGUGUUUAAAUUAGAUCAGUUCUAUUUUUAUUUCUUUAUAAUUUUACAGGAUGCAAAUAUUCAUGACUAAGAGUAACGUGAAAAUCAUUUAAAAAUAUUUAUUGCUCUUAAUAUGUAAAUUAUAAUGCCUCCCAGACGACCAAUUUGGAUGUUUAUAAAUAGAAAGUCAUAGAUACCUCUAAUUUCAGAUGAAAAUUCAUAUUAAAAUAUUUUGUACCUCAUCAUUUUUUGUUAAAAGUAAAUAUUUUGUUAACUUUUGUUUAUUUAUGUAAAUAAAGUUUUCAGUUAAAUA